AUGACUGCUGCUUGGAAAGCCGCUGGCUUGACCUACAACCGCUACCUGGCCAUCACGGCCCGCACCGUCCGCCGGUGCUUGAAGGAGGACAAGAGAAUCGCUGCCGAACGUCGCGGCGAGAUGGAAUUGCGCUUUGCAAAGUGGCAGGGAGGCAAGCAGGGCGAGGUUACGGACCUUGGCAAGGCCAACUCUGCCGCAAUGGCCGAGCAUGCUUCCUAG